AUGGAAGUAUCACAUAAAGCUACCGACGAGCCGGACCCCAAGCUGAAUUAUAUGCAAAGGCUUUGGCACUAUCGUCGAUAUUUGGUGAUCGAGUCAUUCUUCUUCUUCUACUUAAUGGCAUCCGUACUCGACCAUGUAGCCCUAAAAAGCUUCCCCCUGGAAAAGGCAUGUCGUGUCAACCUGGGCUACAACCGAGCCACCUGCAUGGCCACCUUGGAUAAAGUGGAGCUGGGCAUCGAUUGCGACACAUACAAGUUUGACAAUACGACGAAUGGUGCCUCCAUGGGCGAAGCUCUACUGGGCGUGAACUCGACGGGAUUCAAGUAUACGGUCUGCAAAGCUCAGGAGGAGUCCCAGAGGCUGUCAGCGGAUGUUUCGGGAAAACGCGCGCCCUUAGCCGCCAUAUUUUCAUUCAUUAUAAUGCUCUUCGCCGGAGGCUGGGCAGACAAAUACAACAAGCGCAAGCUAUGCAUGAUUAUACCCAUCGUGGGCGAAGCUCUAAUGUUCACCUGUCUCCUAAUUUCGGCCAUUUUCUUCGAUAGUCUUCCGAUGGAGUUCGGAAUGUACCUGGAGGCGAUUGUGCCUGCGAUUUGCGGCGGUCAGACCCUCUGCUAUAUGGCGAUCUAUAGCUAUAUGACGAUAGCCACUCCCAAGGAGGACCGCAUCUUUCGGUUUGGCAUCUUUGCUAUGUUUUAUAGCGGAGCUCAAUUUAUGAUCGUCUUCAGUGGAUAUCUCUUCAACGCAUUUGGCUACAUAGUUUCGUUUGCUACCGCCAUUGUUUUUCAAAUUAUCGCCAUACUUUGUAUAAUCUUCUUCGUCACGGAGAUCAAGCCACGGCCCAAGACAUAUGAAACGCCUAGCCCGCUGGCGAGUCAUGCCGCGGAUAAUAUGGCCUAUGAGCAAACCACCUUGGAUGAGCUGCCUGUGGGCAAGAAUGUUAACUUCCAAUUGACGCCACAUCUGGAGCCACCCAAAGUGGAGCCACCGCCUGUGCCUGUGAAACGUUCUUUGCUGAAGGAACUCUUUGAUCCCACAUUGGCGAUGGAGUGCUUACGAUUUCCUUUGAUCAAGCGCAAGAAUAACGGACGGCUUCUAUUACUUCUGCUCAUCUUGGCCUUUUUUCUGAUAGCGGGCCCGGCGGUGGGUGAGACUGACUAUUGGUAUCCCUUCGCCUUGAGAAAGUUGAAUUGGAAUGGUACAGUGUUUUCCAUUUUUCAAACAAUGUCCGGCCUUCUGGGACUUUUGGGUACUUUCAUAGGCACGGUUAUCCUUAGCAAACUGCUCAAGUUGUCGGAUCCCUCCAUUGGCAUAAUCUCCGCUCUGGCCGUUGUCUGUUCGCGUGUGAUGUUUGCCCUUGCCACUGAUACCACGUCCUUCUACGUCGCGAGCGUCGUGAACAUGUUUGUCAGUCUGCGCGGCAUUACCAUCAAGAGCAUUGGCAGCAGCAUUGUGGAGGGAGAUGACCAAAGCAAAAUGUACUCCAUCUUUGGCAUCAUCGAGCCAAUGGUCCUAAUCAUAUUUCCUCCCAUCUACAGUCUGAUCUAUAAAAAUACAGUGGACACAUUUCCAGGCGCCUUCUUUCUGUUUGGCGAAAUCUUCUUCGUGCCCAACGUUCUUGUCUUCGUGUAAGUUUUCAAGUAAAUU